AUGUCCGGCCGCGCUCCGCCUGAGUUGAGCGACUAUGCCGCGCCUUCGCCACCAAUUGAGAUGGGGAUCGAGGGCGGCUCACAUCCCCUCAUCGCAAAGUCAGAAGACUCACCAGUUCCAUCCCGCCCGACCUCACUCGGCCCAGAUUCUCUGUUAAUGGAAGAGCACGAUAAUUCUAGGCCCUCGACAACCGCUGGGCGAAAACGCAAGCUGAACAGCUCCUCCGCACGAGGCGUCGCCAAUCUUACCCCGGAUCAAUUGGCCAAGAAGCGUGCGAACGACCGUCAGGCUCAGCGGGCGAUCCGCGAGCGCACAAAAAUAAAUAUCGAAGCAUUGGAGCAGCAGGUUCGGGAACUCUCGUCGCAGAAGCCAUUCCUCGACCUCCAGGCCGCCUUGAAACAUAAUGAGCGAAUCAAGGCGGAGAACAGAGAACUUCGACGGGGACUAAAGGCAGCAAUGGACAUCAUACAGCCUUUGCUUGCAAGGCCGGAGGUCUCGGAUUUGCCCGCUUGUUUAGCCCAACCGCGAUCCGUCCCUCCAUCCCAUACACCUCCCUUCCCCGACCCCGACCAGUUCACCCCAACUCCCCACGCCGCGGUCUCCUCCGAAAGGCCAUACGCCGAGUCUUUGGCCAGCCUUGAUACACCCUCUCCUACCCAUUCCGCGCCAAUUGUGGGAAGCCGUCGUAAUAGUAGCAAUGGAAUCCCCCAGCCUGCGUCAUACCGAGCGGCAUUCUCCCAGAGCAUUGCCCAUGGACUUGAUUUCGGCAUGGAAGAACGACUUGGCUUCAACUUCCUCUUGGACCCUACCCAUAAUGUCCCCAGAGUCGACCGUCUCAGGCGCAGCAGCUCAGAGAACCUGCGAAGCUCGCAUCCCACUCCUCCACCACUUUAUUUGCAACCAGUAAACUAUCCUCCGGAGCACACACCCCUCGCAUUCUCCACACCUAUUAAAAACACCGCGCCGACAUGCACCCUGGACAGCAUCUUGAUGGACUUCCUUGAUAAUCGACAACGCGAGGCCGCACAAGGAAUCCCUCGACAGAAACUUGCCGGACCACCUUACCCAAGCGUCUCCUCCCUUCUCAACCCGGAGAAGAGUGCCAAUUCGCAUCCCGUAUCAAAAGUCUUUACUGAUAUCCUUCGCACAUUCCCGGAUAUCUCCUCCCUGCCAGAGCAGGUAGCCGUUCUAUUCACAAUGUUCCUCCUCAUGCGCUGGCAGAUCUACCCUACGCAAGAGAAUUACGACCGGCUCCCGGAAUGGCUUACCCCACGACCAACUCAAUUAUUCACACCACAUCCUGUAUGGAUAGACUAUAUUCCUUGGCCACGUAUGCGUGACCGGCUUGCAACAUCGCACCAAGACUACCCGUUUGAAAAUUGGUUCAUCCCAUUUACUCGAGGCAUGUCCGUGAAUUGGCCAUACGAAGCUACGGAUUGUCUAUUAUCGGCUGGCGACUCAGACGAAUUGCUCAUCAAUCCAGUAUUUGAGCGACAUAUGCGCAAUCUCAACAAUUGGACACUUGGCACAUUGUUCGCCGAGACAUAUCCCGGUCUGGUAGACACUACACGGAUAAAACCGGAUUUGAAACAUGCCGCCUCUCCAUCUCAAUCUUUAUAG